UUCAGCUCAUGAACGACGACUGCACGGAUAACCACCACGCUGAAGCCGCCUUCAGCAUCUCCCGGUUUCUCAAUUACACAUCCUCUGGAAAGAUGGUCUCUAUAGAAACAUCACCCAACUCGUCUCCUUUGGCUGAAUGGGUCGGCUGUCUGGAUAAAAGGCCUGCGGAGCGUUCAGCAGAGGAUGUGGAUAUUAUUCUGACCAGACUUACAGGGUUUAAAGCCUUCCAGAGGUUCCACCCCUCCCUGCUGCUGCAGAUCUGCUCCUGUGCAUUCUACGAAUACCUGGGGAAAGGCAUCACCUGGAAGUAUACACACACACACAUCUGCACACACUCACUCAGUGGUAUGAGUACCUUGAAAAAGGCCUCUCUGAUACCUCAUUGGCUUUCAGGUUUACUAUGACUUGUCACAUCAAUGUUAUGACUAUUUCUGAAUGAUUUCUGAAUGCUUAUAUGCUGUUAUGUCUGUUCUGUGUAGUGUUCCGCCAGGGUGACAUAGGGACCAGCUGGUAUGCUGUUCUGUCUGGCUCUCUGGACGUCAAGGUGUCAGAAACUGCCAACCACCAGGAUGCUGUCACUAUCUGCACGCUGGGAAUCGGGACGGCGUUUGGAGAGUCAAUUCUGGAUAAUACUCCUCGCCACGCCACUAUCGUCAGCAGAGAGACCAGCGAACUGCUCCGCAUCGAACAGAGAGAGUUCAAGAGUCUAUGGGAGAAGUACCGUCAGUGUAUGGCUGGACUUCUGGCCCCUCCCUAUGGUGCCAUGGAAACUGGAUCCAACAAUGACAGGCUGACAGACAAAGACAGUCUAGGUUCAGAUCCUCUCAACUUAAUGAACAAGAUACUCAACAAGGUUCCAUCAGAGAAGCUGCAGCGAGGGGGGAAGGUGAUGCGGAACGCCAUCCUCUCCAGAGCUCCUCACAUGAUCAGAGACAGGAAGUACCACCUCAAGACUUACAGGCAGUGUUGUGUAGGUACAGAGCUGGUAGACUGGCUGGUGCAGCAGAGUACCUGUGUACAUACUCGCUCUCACGCUGUGGGGAUGUGGCAGGUUCUGCUGGAGGAGGGAGUCCUGAACCAUGUGGACCAGGAGCUAGGUUUCCAGGACAAGUACCUGUUCUAUCGUUUCCUUGACGAUGAGGAGGAGCACACCCCAUUGCCUAGCGAGGAGGAGAAGAGGGAGAGUGAGGAAGAGCUGCCUGAGACAAUCCUCUUCCUCGCCCAGAUGGGACCUGAUGCCCUGCUGUGCAUGAUCCUCCGCAAACCGCCUGGUCAGAGGACGGGUGAUGAUCUAGAGAUCAUCUAUGAUGAGCUGCUUCACAUCAAGGCCUUAUCCCACCUCUCCAACACUGUGAAGAGGGAGCUGGCAAGUGUUCUCAUCUUCGAGUCUCACGCCAAAGCAGGAACCGUGUUGUUUAACCAGGGUGAGGAGGGAACAUCCUGGUACAUCAUCCAGAAGGGCUCUGUCAAUGUGGUCAUCUACGGCAAGGGUGUGGUGUGUACCCUGCACGAGGGGGAUGACUUUGGAAAGCUGGCGUUGGUGACUGACUCUCCUCGAGCUGCCUCCAUCGUCCUCAGAGAAGACAACUGUCACUUCCUCCGAGUGGACAAAGAAGACUUCAACAGGAUACUCAGGGACGUGGAGGCAAAUACAGUGCGUUUGAAGGAAUAUGAGCAGGCUGUUCUGGUCUUGGAGAAGAGUCCCAGAGCCUCCAGUCCGGGAAAUAUCAGGUACACUGUGUUGUCUGGAACCCCUGAGAAGAUCCUUGACCACUUCCUGGAGACUAUGAGGAUGGAUACACACCACUCUGACCCAGAUCCUGCGGUAGAUGACUUUGUCCUCAUGCACUGUGUCUUCAUGCCUAACAGCCAGUUCUGCCAGCUACUCAUGGCACAAUAUCCUUUUUCUCUCCCCCCUCCCCUCCUCUCAGAUCCUGCGGUAGAUGACUUUGUCCUCAUGCACUGUGUCUUCAUGCCUAACAGCCUGUUCUGCCAGCUACUCAUGGCACAAUAUCCUUUUUCUCUCCCCCCUCCCCUCCUCUCAGAUCCUACGGUAGAUGACUUUGUCCUCAUGCACUGUGUCUUCAUGCCUAACAGCCUGUUCUGCCAGCUACUCAUGGCACAAUAUCCUUUUUCUCUCUCCCCUCCCCUCCUCUCAGAUCCUACGGUAGAUGACUUUGUCCUCAUGCACUGUGUCUUCAUGCCUAACAGCCAGUUCUGCCAGCUACUCAUGGCACACUACCAUGCGGUGGCUCCCCCGGGCUCGGAGCAGGAGAGGUUGGAGUACGCUGUGACCUGUAAGAGACGAGUCCUCAAUCUGGCCCUGCGCUGGGCUGCAGUACACACACAUCACUUACAGGAGGAGCCAGCAGCACUCAUAUUCCUGGAGGAGCUGUAUGGGAGUGUGUCCAAUGACUCACGGAUCCUCAGAGCUCUGAAAGACUUUGUACCUGACUUGGAGAAGGUUGUCAAACUACAUUCAGAAGAGGCCAAAGUUAAAAAGCAGAAGGUCCUUACACAGUUCAGCAACGGAGACGAGAAACUAGUGAAGACACAACCCAUCAGGAACUAUGACGACAUCCUGUUGAAGGUGUACUGCAGUGACCACACCUACACCACCAUCCGGGUUGCCGUAGCGGCCACAGGGAGUGAGGUGACCAGCGCUGUGGCCGACAAACUUGCCUCAAACGACGACCUGCUAUUGGUCCACCUCAGCUCCGCAGGCGAGAAGCAGAUGCUGAAGCCCAAUGAUGUGUCAGUAUUCUCCUCUCUGAGCAUCAAUGGGCGUAUGUUCGCCUGUCCCCGGGACCAGCUCAAUGCUCUGACCCCUCUCCCAGACCAGGAAGGGCCCUCAGCUGGGUCCAUGUCCAGUUUUGAGCUGAUGAGUUCUAAAGACCUGGCCUAUCAGAUGACCCUGUACGACUGGGAACUCUUCAGCUGUGUUCACGAGCAUGAGUUGUUGUACAACACGUUUGGUCGUCAGAGCUUCAGGAGAACCACUGCCAACCUGGACCUGUUUCUACGCAGGUUCAACCAGGUGCAGCUGUGGGUGGUGACGGAGGUAUGUCUGUGUGGUCAGCUUAGCAAACGGGUUCAGCUGCUCAAGAAGUUCAUCAAAAUCGCUGCUCACUGUCGGGAGUUUAAAAACCUGAACUCGUUCUUUGCCAUCAUCAUGGGUAUGAGCAACCCUGCAGUCAGCCGACUCACCCAAACCUGGGAGAAACUCCCUAGCAAGUUCAAGAAGUUCUAUGCUGAGUUUGAGAGCAUGAUGGACCCGUCCAGGAACCACCGGGCAUACCGGCUGACCGUCACCAAAAUAGAGCCGCCAAUCAUCCCCUUCAUGCCCCUCCUCCUCAAAGACAUGACUUUUAGUCACGAGGGCAACAAGACAUUCAUAGACAACAUGGUCAACUUUGAGAAGAUGCGGGUGAUCGCAAACACCAUCCGGGCGGUGAGACACUGCAGGAGUCAGCCGUUCAACCCUGAGGUGUGUCAGCCCAAUAAGAACCAUGCUGAGGUGAGGGGUUAUGUCAGGAAGCUGUGUGUGAUUGACAAACAACGGACCCUGACAACACUCUCCUAUAGGCUAGAGCCCCGCAGGACCUGAGGUUGCCCACCAUGCAGUUGUUACUCUCUAUGACAUCAUACAGAACCCUCAGCCUCUGUAAGAUCAAGUAACCUUCAUUGCUAUGACAUCAAAUGGCUUCAUUGGGCCUCUGUGACAUAAUAUGGAACAGUCAAUGUCUAUGACAUCACAUGGGAAUUUUUAGCCCACUAAGACAUCUUACUGAACUCUUAGCCCUCUAUGACAUCACACAGAACCAUCAGCCCUCUGUGAAAUCAUACAGAACACUUUGCCCUCUGUGACAUCACAUAGAAGAGAGAUGAUUUAGAGAAGAGACUUGAUUUCUCUGUUACAUGUAAGGUUAUUCUAAAUGUAGAUUGAACAAAGUUACAAGAGAUGUUAAGUCUCAUUUAGAUUAUCAUGUCCCUUACUUUGAGCAGAUGUGAAAAAGUAUAACGUUACAAAUACCAAGAUCUUUACAUAAAUUAUUAUAGAGAAACAAAACCUCUAGCUUUGUUACGCCAGUGUUCUGAAAACUGUCCUCUUGUUUAUUUUUACAUUAAAGCACAACUCCUGUAGCGUAUUGUUAUUCAUCUUUCUCAGUUUUCUUCAUGUAGUUUUUGUAAAUGUGGGUACAGUAUAUUUAACUUGUUUUACCUCAUCAUGAUGUCAGUGGGUUGAGAGCUUAUAGUCUGUCUGAACAGUAAAUAAAAAAGAGCUAAUAUAAUAAUCAAAA